AGCAGAGGAAGAGCAAGAGGCAGCAGAGGAUGCUGGAUCAGAGCAGCAGGAGUAUACAGACUAUCAAGAGGAGGAAAGACCCCGUCCCAAACCCAUGGUUCCACAACUUGCCCCUCCAAAGAUCCCAGAGGGUGAGCGGGUAGAUUUUGAUGAUAUUCACCGCAAAAGGAUGGAGAAGGACUUCCUAGAAUUACAGACUUUAAUUGAUGUCCACUUUGAGCAGAGGAAGAAAGAAGAGGAAGAACUGAUUGGACUAAAGGAGAGGAUUGAAAGGCGGCGGGCAGAAAGAGCAGAGCAACAGCGCGUUAGAGCAGAGAAAGAACGGGAUAGGCAGACAAGGAUUGCGGAAGAACGUCAGAGAAAGGAGGAUGAGGAGGCUAAGAAGAGAGCAGAAGAUGAGGCCAAGAAGAAGAAGGUUUUGUCCAAUAUGGGGGCUAACUUUGGUGGCUUCUUAGCUAAGGCAGAGCAGAAAAGGGGGAAGCGCUUGACUGGACGAGAAAUCAAGAGAAAGACUCUUGCAGAGAGGCGUUCUCCCCUAGGUAUCGAAAACCUGCGAGAGGAUGGGCUGAGGCAGCGAGCUCAGGAGAUGUGGAACUGGGUUUACCAGCUGGAGUCAGAGAAAUUUGACCUCUUGGAUCAAAUGAAGAGACAGAAGUAUGAGAUUGUCGUUCUGCUGAACAGGAUUUCUCAUGCUCAAAAGUUUAAAAAAGGCCAUGGUAAAGCAAAGUUUGGAGGUCGCUGGAAAUAGAAAAAAUGGACAAAGGGAAAUAGAACAAAAAGGGGACAAGACAGGAUCAACUAUAAUUCAGUUCCACAGGCUCUGGAAUAAAAUACUGUAGCAAAAGAAUAAUAUUUCUGGAUGUAUUCAUAAUAAAGAAAAAAUACCCUCUCAGAUAUGACUCUGAACCUU